AUGAACAUUUGGCAACAUAUAGCUUGUGUCUAUGAUUUGACGACGGGGACACAACAAGUGUGGCUCAAUGGUAAUCUUGAUGGUUCACGUUCAGCGAGUGCCUACUCUGGUCUGUGGGGUAUAACAACGAUUGGAGCUACUUUUCAAUCAGGCAGUAUUACUUCUUUUAAUGGUUACAUUGACAAUGUAAGAUAUACUUCUAUAGCUAAAAAUUCGACUGAAAUUUUAAGGGAUGCCAAUCUCCAAGUUUAUUAUUCAUUCAAUGGUGGUUCGCUUACUGAUUAUGGUCCAAAUGGCAUUAAUGCAACUGCCUUUGGAGUUCUCGUCAGUACUACUGGUCGUGUUGAUCAAGCAAUACAGUUUAACUCGGGACCCUACAUUUCGUAUGCGUAUUAUCCAUUUUACUUUUUAGGCGUUAGUGGCUAUUCAUAUACGAUGGCCUUGUGGGCAAAACCGACAGGAAGUUACUCGGCACAAACACUUGUUUUCGUAACAGCAUCAAGUGGUUGGUGUGUUCACUUUGUAGUAACAACAUCAACUGGAGUUUUAACAGUUAACAGUUGGAUGGGUAGUGGUGUAGGCGCAGUCGGUCCUACGCUCACGUUAAACACUUGGACACAUAUUGGCUAUACUUAUAGCACAUCGAAUGGUGUUCUAUUGUAUAUCAAUGGUAACUUAUACUCGUCGAGUGGGUCUUUUACAUUUUCGGCUUCCGGUGCCCCGAUGCUCAUCAGAUUAGGAGGAGAUAGUGGUGGAACGAGUUGCUCGCCUGGCUAUGGAGGUGCAUUCACGGGUGCUUUGGAUGAAUUCUAUCUUUAUAAUCGUGAAUUAACAGCAGCUCAAAUUUAUGCAUUAGCGAAUCCUUGA